AUGGCGAUCAAGAACAUUCUCGUCCUUGUGGUUAUUCUUAGCGUUCUUGGAGUUUCAAUUGCUCAGAAAGUGUCUCAGAAGAAGGGUUUGUUCACUUCUGACUCGGCACUUCUCGAUGACCCUGAGACCAAAAGCUACAUUGAGACACAGGUUGCUACUGGUGGAUCUUCAUUCGCCAAAGUUUUCUCUGACUCAAUGCUCAAACUUGGUUUGCUCGAAGUACUCACCGGGAACAAGGGUGAGAUCAGGAAGAAAUGCGCUUUCGUUAACUGA